UGGCAAGGCUAUAAUUUAUUUUGACUUGCCUCGUGGAAACAAAUUGUUCACAUCUUUAUAAUUACGUUGAAGAUGGCAAAGUCCUCAAACCCUCUGAAUUAUUUUCGCAGCAUCUACAACAACGAAUUCCAAUGGAUGCUGGUCAAGAGCUAUGGACUUUUUUUUCUGGGAAUGCGUUUGGCCAAGGAGUUUGUUGGUGUUGAGCUGAUGCCAGCGCUAGGACCAGACUAAUUGAAAUUCCAAAUUUAAAACGACCCUUCAACUAAAUAUAUUAAAUAUAUUGUGCUUAUACAAUUGAAAAAAUGUGAGGAGAUUAAAACAACUGCUUAUCAGCA